AUGGCUGGCAAGAAGAGAAACCCUGGGCUGAAAAUUCCUAAAGAAGCAUUUGAGCAACCACAGACAAGCUCCACGCCACCCAGAGAUCUAGACUCCAAAGCCUGUAUCUCUAUUGGUGAGGAGAACUUUGAGGUGAAAGCCGAUGACCUGGAGCCCAUCUCCGAGCUGGGACGAGGUGCGUACGGGGUGGUGGAGAAGAUGCGGCACAUGCCUAGCGGGCAGAUCAUGGCAGUGAAGCGGAUCCGAGCCACCGUGAACAGCCAGGAGCAGAAGAGGUUAUUAAUGGAUCUGGAUAUCUCCAUGAGGACGGUUGAUUGCCCCUUCACUGUCACCUUUUACGGGGCACUUUUCCGAGAGGGAGACGUGUGGAUUUGCAUGGAGCUGAUGGAUACCUCACUGGACAAAUUCUACAAACACGUCAUUGACAAAGGCCUGACGAUUCCUGAGGACAUCUUAGGGAAAAUAGCCGUCUCUAUUGUAAAAGCACUAGAACAUCUACACAGUAAGCUCUCCGUGAUCCACAGAGAUGUAAAGCCCUCUAACGUGUUGAUCAAUACGCAGGGGCAGGUGAAAAUGUGCGAUUUUGGAAUUAGCGGUUACCUCGUUGACUCGGUUGCUAAAACUAUGGAUGCAGGAUGCAAACCCUACAUGGCUCCUGAAAGAAUUAACCCGGAGCUGAACCAGAAGGGAUACAGCGUCAAAUCCGAUAUCUGGAGCCUGGGGAUCACAAUGAUCGAGCUGGCCAUCCUGCGCUUUCCCUACGAUUCCUGGGGGACGCCCUUCCAGCAGCUCAAGCAGGUGGUGGAGGAACCGUCGCCGCAGCUCCCGGCAGAGAAGUUCUCGGCGGAGUUUGUCGAUUUUACCUCGCAAUGCUUGAAGAAGAAUUCCAAAGAACGGCCAACAUACCCAGAGCUUAUGCAACAUCCUUUCUUCACCCUGCAUGAAUCCAAAGAGACAGACGUCGCCUCUUUUGUCAAACUCAUCCUGGGAGACUGAGAACUGGACUUGUAAAUGAAUUGCCCUUCUGUGGACUGGUGGGUGCAGGGGAGGGGCGCGUGGCAGGACUUGUCAUGAAAGCACCAACAGAAAGUCGCUAUGUUUUGUUUUGUUUUGUUUUUAUUCUGAGAAACCCCCGCCUCGCCGAAGUUUUUAAAAGGGUUCUUUGGUAUCCAUAGUGACAUAGAACGAGCUGGUUAGUGAAAUGAAUUUUAAUAAGGUUGGUAACCUUAAAACAAAAACAAAACAAAAAAAAUGUAAAAGAGUGAUUUACAUAUUUAAUGACAGUCGAAGUCCCUCUUCCUAACUUUCUCCUCAUUCCCUUUCCCUUCCCCCUGAACCAGAAUUUGCUUUGUCAUGGUAAUAGGUGCUAUGGUAGUCAUGAAGUUGUAUGUAGAUUUAUAUUUUGUCCCUUCCAUUAUUUUAAUAUUUAUGUUAAGUGCUUGAUGGAAUAGAUUUCUGUUUUAUAUGA